CUGCUAGUUGGAUUAAAACUUCAUCAGCUUUUUAUCUCCUCAGAGACAGAAGAAAAAACUAGAUGCUGCCUGAAUUACAUGAUACUCUCUGUCUCCAUUGUUUUCUUGAGACAGUUUGACAUCUCCAAGGCACUUUCCAAACAAAACCUAACCUGAAACGUUACACCGCCCGCCGUGGAUAAAUAAAACAUCGGCCCGUGCUGCCGAAACGCCGAUCACCCAAGCGCUCCCAGCUGGGUAAGUGGUGAAAGGCGACAUAAUCUGCUCGGGACAAGAUCCCGGCUGAGAUUGAUAGACAUAAAGGGUCGCAGAAAGGAAAGGAGGCGAGUGAACAGGGCUUCUCUUUAAAAAGAGACGUAAAGUUGCCAGAGCUUGUUUGAGUGGGUUCGGGUAGCAAGCGUGGUACCAGUAGCACCAUGGACAGCAGUCGGAGCUUGGCGCAGGUGAUCAUGGAGCUGCAAAAUGAAAUCAAGAAACUGGAGACUGAAAACAGAGCGUUGCGGGGAGAGUCGAAACAAAUGCCAUUGGAUUCCGAAGAAGAAAAUACUGAUUCCAUGCAAACAUUCCAAGACAGCGAUUCCGUGGAGGACAACACAGGACACGCCAACUUAAGACGCAAUGUUUCAGCACCUGCGUUAGAGGGGCAGUUUAAAGAGAACAUCAUCAUGACUGUUCGAAGAUACUCUGUCUCCUCAAACAUUCUGAAGCUUGGCCGGAAAAACGAUGGUCCACCAAAAGGCAAGAAGAGUGAGGAUAAAUCCGUCACUAACCACAUCAAGUGGGCCAGGUUACAGGACGGGGUCCACAGCCGGCCCCAGACGGCCUUGAGCAGCCCGACCAGAGAGGAACACAACAGUACAAGGGAGAGGCACACAAACAGACGCUCCCUGCAGGACUAUGUAAACACAAAUAGAUCGAAGGUGAAAACAGUCACUUUUCUUCUGCCUGUGGACGAUAUUUACACCAACCGACCUGUUUCAGCUAAGUGUGUGUCCGACCAGAGUUCGCUUGACAGCCCCGUGACGGAGAAUCCAUCGGGCUAGCCUACCACUCACAACCAGAGGACGAACCAGAGCAUGACCACGGGAGACGAUGAAAUCGGAGCGAAGGAGAAAUAGCUUGGUGGAGAGGCGUCCAGACAGAGUCAAUCGAGCCAGUCAAUCUUAUAGUCAGCACUGGUCCAUGUGCUUUUUGGGUCAACCCCGCCAUGCUGAUUUCUGUUCCAUCUGACCUGAACAUGAUGACUCCGGUUACAGAUUUGGUUUCCGCCACCCAUCCGGAUGAGGCAACCCAACGCUCCACACGAAGCGCCGUGAUGGGCCGCUGUCCUCGGAUCGGAUAUCCAAACACUGACGGGGCCUCACAGACCCGG